AUGACUGCGACAUCCAGCAUCGAUCUCAUCAACCUAUGCAGGUCCAUCUCGAAGCGCACAGGAGCUUGUGAGGCCGCUGCAGAUGACCUAGUCGAACGAGAUGAACAGCAUGUUCUUGAGCUCAAGACUAUAUCAUCUGGUCUUGAGGAGCUGAAGCGCAGACUUGCUGAAUUGGAAGAGCUCCUCCGUACCAAACCCGACAGCCGUAAACUCCGCGACACUCGAGAGACCCUCACUCCGCUCUUCACGAUUUAUGAAACGGUACUGGAAGUUCUACGUAUGCAAUUGGCUAGUUGGCAGCCAGAGAAUACAGCGGGAUCAGACAGCGCAUUCUUGAAGGCGCAUGAAGGCUGUCUUGUUGUUUACAACUACAUGCUCGAAGUUUGCACUCCCCUCGUCAAGAAGGACGAGUCUUUUGGGCCAUCAGGCGCAGCCUUUUUCACCCAUCAAGCUCAAGAAGCAGUAAAGUCGGCUAUGAACCAAAGACUUGUGAAAGCAGGUAAAGAUACUGCCAUAAAGGAAAAAAUGUCCAACAGCGAGAAAAUGCCUGUCGCGGAAAAAGAAGUAGCGCCACCUUCGUAUCCAGAGCCUGUAUCAACAGCAACAUCGUCGCCCAUAGCAUCACCAUCAACGUCUUCACCACUCGUUCAAAGUCCGGUAAACAACUGUCGCCCCCCCAAAAGCUCCUCGUUCUUCAGAGCCCUUACGUCAAGCUUCCGCAAGCAUGAUCCAUUGGUCUCAACGCUCUGUCAAGCCGCCGCUCGUGGGGACGAGCAACAAGUCUCCGGCCUAAUCACCCAAGGUGGAAACGUCAACGGUCGAAACGAAGAUGGGGAUACACCACUAAAGUGCGCCAUAAGAUACGAUCAAGUUGGAACCGCUCGUAUUCUUCUACAAGCUGGAGCACAAAGCAACAAGCUACCGCCAUUAUUCAAGGCUGCUUCUGUCGGAAGUCUCAAGAUCGCGAGGAUGCUUAUAGAUUCAGGCGAAAGUGUACACGGCAAAUCAAAAACUGGGAGGCCGUACUUCGUUGAUGUUGCUGCUAAAGGCAACCUCGACGGUAUCAAGUUUCUCCUUGAGAAUGGAGCUCCAGUUAAUGCAAAGAACGAGAGACGAGAGGAGGUCAUUGUCCAGGUCGUCAAGACCGACAACAUCGAGAUUACCCGCCUUCUUCUUGCGCACGGGGCCAACGCAUGUGCAAAGGACGCAAUAGGCGAGGAGAUCAUUGUAUACGCUGUUAAGAAGGGCAAUGUCGAACUUGCCAACAUCCUCCUCAGUCACGGCGCCGAUCCCAAUGCCGAAAGUGCUAUUAAACAGACCAUUCUCUACACAGCAGUUCAGAGCGGCAACGCUGACAUGGUUGGGCUGCUCCUCGACAAGGGCGCAAGUGCGAGGCUGUUGAAUAUUCUUGGAACGAGCAUCCUAGAGGCUUCUAUUGGAAUGAAGAGAUUCCAGAUCGUGAAGAAACUUGUCGAAGGAGGUGCUGAUGUUGAGGGUACGGAUGCACAUCAGCAACCUAUUCUCAUCAAGGUUAUCAGGAACCCGUUUUUGAAUAACGAUGAGAAGGUUGAGGUUAUGAAUAUGCUGAUGGAGAAUGGUGCGAGUCCUGAAACGGUUGAUAUCAUCUUUGGUCUGCCAGCUAUUUGUCACGCUGUCGAAAUGCCCAGUACCCCAGUGGUGCAAGCUCUUCUCAGCCGAGCCGUCAACACAAACGUCCGCAUGCUCUCGGGCCAAACUCUACUCACAUACUCCAUCGAUGUCAACCGUCAGAACACUGUCGAAGCACUGCUGGCACAAGGUGUUGAUGUCAAUGAGGUCGAUGGACUGAACAGAACGCCUCUGAAAUUAGCUCUAAUGAGACUUGACUAUAACCUGACGGCGAAGUUGAUGGAUUACGGUGCUGAUCCAGCAGCCAAAGAGAAUCAAGAAGCUGUCAACUUCAUCAAGGCUGUGGGUAGAAAGGAUUUACAGGAACUUCUUCGACCAAGACAGGUUGAGGCAGGUCCCUCAGCUCCAGCUGUCCGGCAUGAGAUCGAGCUGCCCACGUCUGAGGCUCCACCGCCUUCGUAUGAGCUUGUGGCCGGAAAGGUCUGA